CCCCCGACGUCGAGAAGGGUGAUUGCAUCGUCUGCAUGACAGGGCGCCUUGAUUGCAUGGCAUUAGGCUGCUUGCGGGGAUUUAGGACUUUGAUUGCAGACUGAAGCAAGGUUUUGAUGCAGAGGAUGGCGGCGAGGGUUGUGAAAUGGCCGAAGAUACUGCUGUUCGGGGAUUCAUUGACUCAGCGUUCCCUUAGUCCAGAGGGGUGUUGGGGGGCCCUGUUAGCGGACCAUUUUCAAAGACGCGCGGAUGUGGUCGUCCGCGGGUUCUCAGGCUACAACACUCGCAACUGCCUGGCACUCCUCCCCUACGUGGCCACAGACUUGAAGGAUGUCGUUGGUGCCACGGUGUUCCUCGGUGCCAAUGACGCCAGUGCUGAAAACACCCAGCAGGCUGUUCCUCUUGGAGAAUACUCGGAGAACAUGAAGGCUAUUGUCAGGCACUUCCAGAAUGCCGGAGUGAAGCCCAUUCUGAUAACUCCCCCGGCACUGGAUGGGGAAGGCUGGAAGAGUUACUGUGAGGAGACGGGCCGUUGUUACGCCAAAGACGAGGCACUCACGUCCAAGUACGCAGAGGCUUGUUCGGGUGUUGCCUCAGAAAUGGGAGUCCCUUGCAUUGAUCUCCAUACUGCUAUGAUCAACCAGGCUGACUGGCAGAACCUCCUGUGUGAUGGACUACACCUCUCACAAAGGGGCUCGGAACUGCUGGCCUCACUCCUUGCCCCAGCCAUGGAGAAGCACUUAUCGUCAAGUCUCCCAAAGGACCACAUCCUACCCCUCUGGAGUGAGAUUGGCGCCGACAACUCUGUGGAGGUGUUCAAGGAGUGGUGCGAGAAGAACGUGUGAAGUGUUCUUGGGGUGUUCAGCAUGUUCGGGAAUGUGAUGUCUUGGGCUUCCAGUUUUUCAGCUGAAUUUCCAGGGUUUUAUUUUUAUGGCAAUUGUAAUUUUGUUGUCUACGAGGAAAAAACAAGAUAUCAUGAGAAGUAUAUUUACUAACAAGAUACAUGAGGAAGUACAAAUAAGAAAAAGCUCAUUCUCAGAUAUAUAUAUGCCAAAUAUAAAAAUACUGGCCAUGUAUACUGUCAUGAAA